CGAAGACGAAAUCGAGUUUGUCGAUCGGAUAUCACAUGCAAAAAUGUCUGGGUCUGGAAGAUUAGGACUUGUCAUGCUAAAUCUGAAUGAUGCAAAAAUCUGUGUCGCGUGAGUGCCAAAAGCUGUCCGCUUUUGACCAAGUUGAGGGGGAGUUUCUCAUGCAGGACAGGCAUGGUAGAGACCUCAAAGAAUCUGUCAUGCUGGGUCUCGCAUUCCAGACCUCAUGGGUCCUGGAAAACCUACAUCACAAAUCUUGCACUCUUCCAGACCCAGACAUUUUUACAUUUGAUAUCGGAAUCAAAAGAAGAGGAGGAACGAAAUGCAGUUUCAGUGAGAACAACGUUGAGGUCGAGUGGAAGACACGAAGCUGCUCCAGUGAGAGUAAGGUUCGACAAGUUGUUGAUAAUUGA